AAUGAGUGGGGUGUCAAAUUUAAUGAUCUGAUACCGCAUUAGUAUCUUCAGACUUCAGAUACCUCAGCAGAGAUCUAUCUGGAAAAACACUGACCUUCUCUUCAUUUUAAAUGCUUUCUUUCUGCUUCUUCAUUGACUCAAAAGCCAGAUCAAGUCUUUCUAGUUGUUCCAUGGCGUUUAUACUAUACAAUAACAAACCAUAGUACAGAUCAAAACUAUCUCCAGAAUUAUUAUCCACCAAAUUUAAGAACUUCCUAUGUGGAAAGGAUUGAAGUGCAAAGUAAAAUCACUUCCAGAUGCUGUUCACAUCUGCGUCAUUGAAAUAAGAAACUCCGAAUUUCUGAGCCGCAUCGGAGUAGUCUGAUCUAGACAAUUCACAGACAGGAAGACAUGGCCAGCAAUCUGCUGCUCGUUUCGGAGGAGAAAUCACUGCUCAAGAGCGUCCAAGAAAUGUCCUUGGAUGGUGAUGAACCACCAUCAGCAUAUCUAGUUCAAGAAAAUAGUUUUGGAUCUAAAGAUUCUUCAGCACUGAUUCCAAUACCCAUCAUUGAUGUAAGCCUCCUCUCAUCAGAAGAUGAGCUGGAGAAGCUAAGAGAUGCUCUGACUUCAGCUGGAUUCUUCCAGGCAAUAGGUCAUGGAAUAUCAAGUUCAUAUCUUGACAAAAUACGUAAAGUUGCAAAACAAUUUUUUGCACUUCCAGUGGAGGAAAAGCAGAAGUAUGCAAAGGCAGUUAAUGAACAUGAAGGGUAUGGAAAUGACACCAUAGUUUCAGAGAAGCAGGUCCUUGACUGGUCUUAUCGCCUAAUUCUUCAUGUGUUUCGAAAAGAAAAACGGAGGCUAUCUCUUUGGCCAGAAAAUCCUAGUGAAUUUAGGGAGGUCUUAGUGGAGUAUUCCACAAAAGUGAAAUCCAUGAUGGAUCAUCUAUUGAGAACCAUAGCAAGGUCACUGAAUUUGGAAGAAGGUAGUUUCUUGGACCAGUUUGGAGAACAACCAUCACUGACAGCAAGGUUCAACUUCUAUCCACGCUGUUCAAGACCUGAUUUGGUUCUUGGUGUCAAACCUCACACAGAUGGAUCAGGAAUCACAGUUCUAUUGCAAGACAAAGAAGUGGAAGGUCUUCAAGUUCUGAUAGAUGACAAAUGGGUCAAUGUCCCCACAAUACCUGAUGCUCUUGUUGUCAAUCUUGGCGCUCAAAUGCAGAUUAUGAGCAAUGGAAUAUUCAAGAGUCCAAUGCACAGGGCUGUGACAAACACAGAGAAGUUGAGAAUGUCUUUGGCCAUGUUUUAUAUUCCAGAAGCAGAGAAAGAAAUUGGACCUGUGGAAGGGCUAAUAAAUGAGACACGACCAAGGUUGUACAUGAACGUUAAAGAUUAUGGUGACAUCAACCACAAGUACCAUCAAGAGGGAAAAAUAGCACUUGAGACUAUCAAAAUUGCACAUAACAAUAAAGAUCUUGACAGCUGGUUGAAGUAAACAUAUUAAAGUUUUGGUUAUGCCAAAUUAUGGGAAGAGAGACAUGAAUAGAUCAGUACUUCAGUUGUUGUGAAACAUUGACUAGUUAUAUAUUUCAAUUUCGAGCAAGAGUUCAUUA